AAGUAGCUUGCCCUUCUUAAAGGUCGGAAAGAAAACAUGCUAUCUGGGUUUACUGACUCUGCUUUUCUUUUAACCCUGAAUUUAUGACUCAUGAUGUCUUCAGAGCUGUACCACUGGGAACGCUCCAGAAGGCUGGCUUUAUUGUUCCUGAUUUUGCUGCUGUUCCACAUGCCUAAUAUUCGGCCAGCUAGAAUCAUCCUUCAAGUACUUAAGAUGCCUCAUGGAGCAUCCCCCAUCCUGCUUUUUCUCUGGGCUAAAGUGGUGUCUUCCACAUGGCACGAAGGAUCUGGUUACUAUGCUGCACAGGGGCAAACAAAUGAGGUAUAUGUUGAGGAAACCCCUCAUGUCCCUGCUCCAGAAUAUCGAGUUCCUCAGUGGUGCCACCUGUUAAACAUCUACCACGGGGAGGCGACCUGCUAUUCUCCCCGCGGAGGGAGCUACCGCAGCAGCCUGGGGACCCGCUGUGAGCUCUCCUGUGACCGGGGAUACCGUCUGAUUGGGGCGAAGUCUGUGCAGUGCUUACUCAACCGGCGCUGGUCUGGGCUUGGCUACUGCAGACAGAUUCGGUGCCAUACCUUGCCGGCCGUUCAUCAUGGUUCAUACCAAUGCUCAGAUGGAGUGAAGGUGGAUUCUCACUGUGACUAUACCUGCCGGCCUGGAUACUCCCUGGAGGGUGAUCGUAGCCGUGUGUGCAUGGAAGACGGACACUGGAGUGGUGGCGAGCCAAUUUGUGUAGAUAUAGAGCCUCCCAAACUUCAAUGCCCCGAGUCCCGAGUGCGAUUGGCGGAGCCAGGCAAACUGACAGCCAUCGUCUAUUGGGAUCCGCCCCGGGCCAAGGACUCCGCGGACGGCAUCAUCCGACAAGUGAGACUCCGAGGCCCUGACCCGGGAUCCGAGUUUUCUGAGGGAGAGCACGUGGUUCGCUACUCCGUCUACGACCAGGCCUACAACCGGGCGAGCUGCAAGUUUUUUGUGAGAGUCUAUGUUUAUGGCAACUGCCCUGAGCUUUACCGUCAACCUUCUAUAAUCUCAGCUCAGCGCCCGACUCAGCCCAACUACGGGGCCACGUGCGAAUACCACUGCGAUGGGGGUUAUGAACGACAAGGAGCACCCUUGCGGGUUUGCCAGUCCAGCCGCCAGUGGUCUGGCUCUAUGCCUAUUUUAUUUGCCAUGCAGAUCAAUGUUGACGUAAACUCUGCUGCGGGCCUGCUGGACCAGUUCUAUGAAAAGCGCCGGCUGCUCGUCAUCUCUGCUCCAGAUCCUUCCGACCGCUACUACAAGAUGCAGAACGCCAUGUUGCAGCAAGCCAUUUGUGGGCUAGAUUUGCGUCACAUCACUGUCAUUGAGCUAGUGGGACAGCCGCCUCAUGAGGUGGGGAGGAUCCGUGAGCACCGGCUCUCCGACAGCAUCUCUGAACAGCUCAGGUUUGUGUCUGCAAGGAGGAGAUAA